AACUCGGUUACUCGGGUACGGCACGAACCAAUCCACGAAGAGAAACAGAAACGACCAUACAGUGGAACAGCUGAUAAGCUAUCAAUUGUUUGGCGCCCUCACGGAAUCCACCAAUGGAUCCAUUCACUGACUUCAAUCCUCCGCCUCCUCCUCCUGACCCGAGGCACGUGCCACCCACUCGCCCCAACCCCAAUCCCAAAUCCAGCGAGGCAGAGAUUAAAGAUAGUGUAUCGGCUAGGAAAAUUCAAAAGGCGGACCGAGAAAAAUUGAGGAGGGAGAGGUUGAAUGAGCAUUUUGUUGAAUUGGGGAAUACCCUAGAUCCUGAUAGACCUAAAAAUGACAAGGCGACCAUUCUAGCUGACACAAUUCAGCUGCUGAAGGAUUUGACAUCUCAAGUUGACAAACUCAAGGCUGAGUAUGCUACACUGAGUGAAGAAUCUCUUGAGUUGAGCCAAGAGAAAAAUGAUCUCAGAGAAGAGAAGGCAUCUCUUAAAUCGGAUAUUGAGAAUCUUAAUAUUCAGUGUCAGCAACGGCUCAGGGCUCCAUACCCGUGGCCUGCUAUGGAUCACUCAUAUAUUAUGGCCCCACCUUCAUAUCCCUUUCCCAUGCCAGUGCCAAUGCCUCCAGGGGCAAUUCCAUUGCAUUCAUCCAUACAGCCAUAUCCCUUUUUUGGAAAUCAGAAUCCUGCAGUCAUUCAUAAUCCAUGUUCAACUUUUGUUCCACGUAUGGCGCCUAAUACCUUGGUUGAUCAGCAGCCCGCCCAGCAUGUUUCUUCUCUUUCACAGCCUGCCAGUCGCUCCCAUGUUUCAGGCGAACAAGAUCUGAAGAAUAAAUCUUCAGGGGAGUGCAAGAUUGAGAAAAGCGAAGGUUCUAAUGAUGUUACCACGGACCUUGAAUUGAAGACUCCAGGAUCUUCAGCAGAUCAGGACUUAUCUUCAGGACAAAGAAAGUCCCAAAAAUCCCAGAGGAAGGAAAGCAGUGUUACAGAAAGGAGUUCUUCAAGUAGGUGUUCUUCCUCUCACAGUGUACAGGAUAGCUCACCCAACAGUGUAGUUGACAGCACAAAGCACGAUGAUUUAGACAAGUUAGAAUGAGCACAAGGAGAGUCAGUUUUGCAACUUUGACAGUGUCUCUAAUGUGGCUGUGUUAUUCGUACUUGGACAAAUGCAUACCUUUUGGCUUGGCAACCAAUGGAGUGCGCGGUGACUAGUGUCUCAGGCUUGGAGCUAAUGUUCCUAGCUUGAUAACCGACGCUCUGGUGUUUAUAAAAAGACAAAAGGGCAACGGGAGAAAGGGCUGUCUGGGUUAGGGAGAAUUGUGAUGAGUGAUGACACUUUAAUAAUGGGUGAGGAUAAAGCACAGUACCAGGGAUGCUGCUAGCCUGCUAGCCGGUCUCAAGAUCUGACAAGAGACUCUAUGAAUAGAAAGACGUUUUGAUACCCUGACAAUGGGGCAACUACGGGCUAAUUCUUAAAAGAAAAAUAUCCAGUAGGCUUAAGUGAUGAUACCUCGUGCAGAGAGCCUGAGGACCCCACUCACCGAGUGCUGAAAUGGACUUUACUGUAGGCUUAAUUCAUGCCGCUCAUACAGAUGUGUAUUGUCUGUGGUUAAACUUGAUUUAUCCCAACCAUUCCCGAGGAGGAGAAUUGCUGUCAGUAUAAUUAAUUCUAAGAUUCGAAGCUUGGAAUCCCAGCUAGCCUUUCGAGAGAGGGAGGUCUCCUACUUGAACCAAAAUCUGAAUCCCAGCUAUCCUUCAAGUGAGAAUGAUUGUUGAUAUGCCUCAAGCCUCCACUAUAUAAAUCUAAUCCUUGCUAAAAGUCAUUCUGGUUCCACCAUUGUCCCU